AUGGGAAGCUAAAGUCAGUGACAGAACAUGAUGUGACCUGCUUCUGGGAUCGAUAGUUGCCUCAAAUAAGAAAAACUGUGUUGAAAUAGUCGCGCCUGUUUUAUCCAGUAGAGGUAGAUAAUGUUGGUGCCAAUUGCCAUGAGUAGACGGGUUCUGGGUACCCUACUAAUACGUAAUUACCAGGUGAUGACUCCGAAUGGGCCAGCAAAAGCCAUGAGCCUCUUGCACAGUGGCUUACCCCUUACCGGGUACCAGUUCACUCCAAAUAUGAAGGAACAAAUCAGGAAUGGAUCCACUCAACAGCCCGAUAUUAAGGUCACAUUAAACGAAUUGAAACUGGCCUUUGCUAAGGAAAUGGGCGUCGACCAUCCAUUUAAGCCGUUUGCUAAUGACCGCGAGCAUCUUACCAAGUAUCUUCCAAAAUCGCAGGAAGAAAUGCCUAAAAGGUCUAUGCAGGACAGCUAUAUUGCGGCAAGCAUCCCUCUAUCGCAAGACACUGCUCUGCAGGAAAAAUACGUUACCUUUCUCGGGUCAGUCAGGCUGGGAAGGCUGGUGGAAGAUAUGGAUAUUUUUGCUGUAAUUGUAGCACGCAAACACAUCCUCAAUCCCCAAUUACCUGACGGAGUCCAUUUUCCUCAGACCUUAGUCACAGUUCUAGUGGACCGAAUUGACUUCACAGAAUACUUGCCCAAACCAAACAAGGAUAUAAAAAUAUCUGGCCAUGUGAGUUGGGCGGGGAAAUCCACCCUGGAAGUGGUAGUUUGGCUCGAACAGUUUGAAGAUGGAAACUGGCAGCGCAUCACUAGAGCGCUAUUUUUACUAGCUGCUCGAGAUCCGACCAACGCUUACGCCACCAUGGUGAAUCCCAUAGAUCCGGCUAAUGAAAGAGAAAAAACCAUUUUGGCUGGUGGCGAGGAUAGAAAGAAACGACGACUGGAGAUUGGGUUUGCCCAUGUAUCUAAGCAAGUACCAAGUGCACAGGAACAAAAACUGCUACACAGCAUGUACAUAAAAACAACCGACCCCAGUGAUAUCAGCAUGUCGAAAAGAGUUUUACCUGCGAAUAGCGCUUGGAUGAGCAGUAGUAAAGUGUCGAACGUGAUAUUGGCUCAACCUGAAGACCGCAACUUACACAACACAGUAUUCGGCGGCUUCAUAAUGAGACACGCGACGGAACUGAGUUGGAUCGCCAGCUACAUGUAUUGCAAGUACAGACCCAGAACGAGAAGUAUGAGUGAUAUUUCGUUUAAACAGCCAAUCGCUGUGAAUUCCCUCAUUCAAAUGCACGCAACUGUUGUUUACACACAAAUGAACUUUAUACAAACAACAGUGUUUGCUCAAGUUUACAAUCCUUUGUCCGGAUCCACUUCAACAACCAACGCUUUCCAUUUUACCUUGGAGGCUCCGGAUAUUGUGCCAGAAGUGAUUCCACAGACGUAUUACGAAGCAAUGUUGUAUAUUGAUGGACGGCGACACUUCCAAAAAGAUUUGAAAGAUACCCAAGGUGCUUUCGAUAGCAAACUGUGAUAGGUAAUACUAGUUUAAUGCGAUUAAUGGUGGUUCUAAUUUUUAGGAGUCUCAUAGUGGCAAGCUGCAAAUAAUGUGUCUAAUUUAUUUAAGCUGUGGUGUUAUCAAUUCUAUCUAGCCCUGGUCGCUUUUCUGCACUAGUCGGCUUCAAACCGUUUUUAUAAACAAUUAAUUAUAGAAAUAGCAAUUUUUCCUACUUACAUACGCAACGUGUUAAGUAAAUACAUGGUUAUGGUACUUGUUUCAUAUA